UAUUAUUCUCGGUAUAGACUGCUUCAUGUUAAAUCAGUUUUUAGCUUGACUUUUUGAUCUGUGUUUAAUUAAAAUAAUAGUGAACACUUUUCGUUGAUUAAUUAAUGGUAGCUAUUGGAUUAUUUAUUCUCUAAUUGAUUCUCUUGUAUUCAACAUUUAUUAUUUAUAAACUUUUAAGUUCAAAUUCUAAUAAUGGAAACUACAGAGCCUUUGGAACCAUCAAGUAGUAGUGGUCAAGAUGUUCAAAAUCCUGAAACAAAUGGAAGUGAACCAUCAACAGCCAAUGGCGCCAAUACAAUUGAGGCUAGAGCAGUUACUUUCGAUCAGUUUGUGGAAACUUGUAAAACUGAGCUUUCAGAUGAGGCUAAUUCACCUGAGCAGAUUGCUAAUCAAUUGAACGGGUUGAAAGAAAAACAUAUCACAUCGCCCAUUUGGAAAAAUAAAGUAUUAGCCCAAAUGCUAUCUCAUUUUGAUUGGACAAUACGUCUCGAAACAGAUUUCUCUGCAAAGCAUUUAUUACUACACGAUUUUAAAGAAGAGUUUAAAAGAGCAGAUAAAUAUUUGUCUACCCUCAAAAGUAAGGAUAAGAAAGAGCAGGUUAAGCUAAUGAAAAAAAUUAAAGAAUUACAAACACGGAUCAAAAAAGAUUUAAGGAAAAUCGAUCGUUUGGACCAGGUAGAGCUGUCGAUAGAAGAUUUGGAUAAAGAAGAUUCGGCUCAUGCUAAAAAAGAAAAGUACGAGAAAAGAGUUGCUCGUUUCGCGACUAAACUACUUACUCUUCAAGGCAUGAAUAAAACUUCAUUCAGGAUUCUUGACAAGGUGUAUAGAUAUUCAGGUACCGAAUAUCCUGCUCUUAAUGAGGCAAUAUCGAGUAAAUAUCGAGCUAUCAUGCAAAAGAAGUAUAAAGGACGAGUACCCACCCGCCCAAUGAAUUCAACUCCCAAUAUCAAAGAUAUAAUUGAUAUCAUUAAAAAUGUUAGCACGGAAAAUAACUUCACCAUUCCCAAUAUUGAAGAACUAGCUUUAAAAAUUGCAGACGAUUUAAUCCGAGAAGUUCAAAGACGGCGUGAGAUAGAGUUUCAAGAGAUGAUGAAUGAUUAUGAACACGAUUCACAUCUUCGUCCGGAAACCUUUGCAGAUCUAGCAAAUGAAGAACUAAAUAAACAGUUGGACUCGAAUGAUGAAACAAGUCGAGCAAAAAUUCGUGACAUUAUGGAUACGUUGAAAGCUAAAAAAGAAUUUGUAGAAGAUGCGGACAUUGGUGGAGAUGAGCCACAAAGUGAAGAAGAGGAAGAAGAAGAUCCCAUGGACGCAUUGGAAGAAGAUGAAGAAAUUAGUGAGGAUGAAGAGGCAGAUGAUGCUGUUGAUAAUGCCGAGGAAGAAGACGAUGAUGAUGACCCAGUCAUUUUAGAGGAGCCAGCCAAGACUCAAAAUGGAGAUUCUCAAGUUCCUGAAUCAACGGAAUCGGUUGAAACAAAGAAACGCCCCAUUGGUAGUGACUCUACUUCAGAUGAGCAGCCAAAAAAGGCUAAAAUUGAAGAAUCUCAAGCAAAAGAGGAACCAAAUAAUUCUAAUAUCGAAAAUAAAAGUGAAGAAACAGAAACAAAAACAGAAACAGAAACAGAAACAGAGAUUUUACCAUCCAUUGAAACCAAAGAAGAAAAAAUAAUUGAUGAAGCACCAAAAGUCGAACCAAUCGAAGACAUUACUAAAGAGGAAAUCACUGAAAAAGAAUGCAUAGAUGCCCAAUCUGAAAAUUCUAAUUCAUCUAAUGUUGUCAGUUCCAAUCAAGAAAAGAUUGAAAUCUUCAGCAAUCAUCCCAAAACAAGAUCAGAAUCUGAAGAUAGCAUUAAAAUUGUCGAUUUAGAAGCAGAAACAGACAGAGACAGAAGCAACGACGAACAAUCAACUUUUAAUGAUGAUAUGAUCGACGAUGAUGAUGUUAUUUGCUUGGAUUAAACCAUUCAUCUAUAUUUUCCAACUUUCCGUUCUCACCAUUUUCCUCUUGUUUACGGUUUCUCUGUGUUUGAUAGUCAUCGCUAUGCUACUAUCAGCUGUAUAGCAACUAACACUUCUCUUCAUCUCUUCACAUCACAUGAUUCAAAGAAACAAUUUUAAGUGAUGAUUUAAAGAUAAUCGUUUAUCAGAUUUUUUUUAUCCUCGAUUCUUUUCUUUUUAAUUCUUCCUUCAAACAAGUUAAUUUAUGAAGCGAAAUUUCUAAACAUUUGAUAUCAAAUCGUACUUUCACCAAACCAACUAUGUUUUCAGGUUUAACCUCAAAGUUAUUUGUUAAUUGUGAAACGUUUUUUAUCCGUCGUCUAAAUAUAUCAACUACGUUUAAUGUUAAUUCAAAAAUAAAUGAAAAUAAUGAAAA